AUUUAUUUAUUUCUCUGUUGGGCUUUGUUGUUUAUUUAUUUAUUUAUUUCUCUGCUGGGCUGUGUUGUUUAUUUAUUCUCUGCUGUUGUUCGGCUGGUUGUCUCCUGUUUCCAUCUUCUGUUUAUGUGAACCCAUUGUGAUCAAUAUGAAUGUGAACCAUGGCUCUUUGUCAUUUAGAGAUCAUCAGGUUACAUAACAAUGUAAAUACAGACAGCAUUGCAGAUGUAAAUACCCACAUUUUGCAUAAAACGUGCAGCAGGCCUGCGACCUUGACAGGGAAGAGGAGCUGCUGUUUAGUUUCCUCAGAUUUGCCUAAAAAAGUCAAUAAUAUGAGGAGAGUUUACUCGACACACACAGUCUGCAGAGCAGCACGAUGAUGAAGAGCAUCUUACUGGUUGUCUUGUGUCUCUCAGGUCAGUGAAUUCUUGAACAUUUCUGAUGUCUGUCUGCUUAUUAUAGUGAAAUAAUGAAUAAGUCUCAGGAGCUGUCCUCACAAAUACAGUGAUUAGAAAAGUUUUAAACAUGUUGUCUCACUGGGACCAUUGACCAGUCUGCCAGUGGAGGAAGACUUCAGAUCCUUUACUUCAGUAAAAGAAAUGUCAAAAAUACUCUGUUCAUUUAAAAUCCUACUGAAGUAAAAGUACAGAAGUAUCAUGAGCAAAAUGUGUGUAAAAGUCACAGAACCUCUCUGAAUGUUAUUAAUGACACUAAUAGAUUUUUAUGACUGUGUCAGCAGACAUUUAUCUUUCUGAGCAAACAGCUAAAUCAUUGAACCCAGUGGUUCCCAACCCAGGGGUCAUGGCCCUCCAGUUAAAUGUGAGGGGACAUGAGAUGAUUAAUGGGAAACAGGUGAAUUCAUUGAGAACUGUAUUUCUUUGGCUCUAACAGUUGAAAUCAAACCUUGUGAGCGGUUUAGAGGGGAAAUGCCUCUUUGAUGGAACUGCUGACAACUCACAGACAUCUGAAAGGUGACAAAGGGCCCCAACUACUUUUCUGUUAGGGCCUCAAUCCAUAAAUGUGGGAACCGCUGGUUAAAUACUGAACAGUGUAUUUUAUUUUCAAUCCGUCAACACAUUAAAACCAUGUGUAAUGUUAACAGAUUGUGGAUUCAACAUGUAACCAAUCAGGCACUUGUUCUCUUCACAGGCUGGGACCCCUCCUCCUGCCUCCUCCAUCAGUACCACUCUGUUCCUGAUCGUAUGAGCUGGACUGAAGCUCAGACCUACUGCAGACAGAAAUACACAGACCUGGCCACCAUCGAAAACACUGAAGAAGUUAACAAAGUUAUUAACACAGUUCCAUCUUCUGGUAAUCACAUGGCGGUCUGGAUUGGCGUGUACGUUAAUCUGAACUGGAGGUGGUCAGACGGCUACACAGGGACGGGAGCUGACUAUGUGACGUCCAUAUAUGUUAAUCCAGUUCUAAACUCUGAGCCCAAUACCUCCUGUGUUUUAGGUGGAUCAACAUGGCAGACUAGUAACUGUAAACUGGGAUAUCCAUUCAUCUGUAAUAAUGGAACACAGCUGGAUCCUGAAUUUGUUUAUGUGAGUCAAACAUUGAGUUGGUUAAGCGCUCAGAGGUACUGCAGGGAGAACUUCAUGGACCUGGCCACUGUGAGGAACGACACUGAGAGCCAGAAGGUCCAGAGCCUGAUACCGAGUGAAAAAAAGGCAUGGAUUGGUUUGUUCGGAGAUCCUCACACUUACUGGUCUGAUGGGAGUAACUCCUCAUUCAGAUUCUGGUACACAGGUUCACAGGAAAUUGACUGGAAGAGUGUCGCAUGUGGUCUUUCAGAUGUGGACAAUAGAGGAAAAUGGCUUUUACUUCCCUGUAACAAUAGAUACGCAUUUGUCUGCUACAGCGUCCCUGUAAUGAAACGGGCAGUGAAGCUGAGGAUGAAGCUGGAGGACUCCUCUGUGGAUCUGAACGACCCUGCUGUGAAAGCAGACCUGCUGAAAAAGCUCCAGGACAAGCUGCAGCAGAAAGGAGAGGGUGGAGUCACCCUGAAGUGGAGAGAGCAGCCUGAUGGGAAAGUCUUCCACAAAGAGGAAGAUGAGCUCUGAAAGUGAAAUCCAACUUGUGUUUCUCUGUAAUCCUUGGUGAAUGUUGAUAUUCUACCUGCUAAUUCACACUAAGAUCAGUGUCUGAAGAGCUAAACCAGAACCCUGAAUCCAUCCUGUAGACCUGUAGUCAUAGGAGGGUUUGUCCCUCAUCAGCAAUGUUACUGAGUGAAGUGUCUUCAAAAUAAAAACAUAAAUGAGACGUGGC